AACUUUUUUUCAGUUCAACAGAAUUUAACAACUUCUGAGCUCAAUUGGCGCUCCGAUUCGCCGCGAGCAAAACGAGCGUUUUUGGAUUCUAGCAUCGCGUCGCGUCGCUGUGGUGAACGGAUGUGGGGUGUUGGGUUGGUGGGAAGAAUGAGUUCCGUGAUAAGUGUGUAUGCUUGGUCUUUGUGGGUUUUGAAGGAUGGAAAUUGUGCUGCGAUUUUUCGUGUACAAUAA